AUGGCAGGAGGAAAGAGCGUCCUCACGGGGCAAGAGCAGGGAGCCGGCCGCCCAGGGCAGGAGGGACCCGUCCGGGCCUCUCAGACGAGCGCAGUCCUCGGGAGCCUGACCCGCUCAGGGCUGCAAGAGCGCUGUGCCCCACGCACCCUGACCCCCUGGGCGGCCAGAGCCGCCAUGCACUGCCCCCUCGGGCGCUGCUGCAUCGUCUCAGUGGGCCUCGGGGUCCUGUGGCUCCUGUUCACGCUGGACGUCCCCAGGGGAGUUGAAGACGACCAGGCCAGGAUGGCUGUCAAGGUCCAAGAGGACCACGUGUUGCCUCUGCCAGUACCCCAGGAGGACAGCUACAGGAGAAGGAAGGACCUGGGGCCACUAGAAGACUGGCAGAACCUCACCUCCAAAUACCUGGAAAAACUCCAGCAGAGAAAGAAGACGUGGCUGACGGUGGGCGUCUCCUCGCGGCCCCGGCCCGGGCCGGAGCCCAGCGGCCUCCUCUCCACGCUGCUCUCGCUGUUCCGCGCCACCUCGAAGGUGGAGCAGAAGCGCCUCACGGUGCUGGUCCAUCUGGCGGGCGCCGACCCCGCCUGGCUCGGGGAGACCGUCCUGAGCAUUUCCAGCCUCUUCAGCCCGCAGAUCUUGGCGGGGCAGCUGCUGCUGAUCCACGCCCCUCCAGACGCCUACCCGCCCGCGGGCGCCGGCCGGGAGCCCUACUCCGAGCAGAACGUGGAUCACGCCUUCCUCAUGAGCUCUGCCUCGAAGCUCUCGGAGUACUUCCUGCUGCUGGAGGACAACGCCUUCUGCGCCCCCAACUUCAUCAGCCACGUACAGUGGAAGGUGGACACGCUGCGGUCUCAGCCCUGGGUCUUCCUGGAGUUCGCCAACCUGGGCGUCCUGGGCAAGCUCUUCCGCAACGGCGACCUGCAGACGCUGGCUCACUUCCUGCUCCUCUUCUACCGGGAGAAGCCCCUCAACAGGCUGCUCGCCCACUUCCGCGUCCUCCUGGCCCAGAAGGACCCCAUCCUGUGCACGCCCUUCCUCUUCUACCACAGGGCCACCUACUACCCCCUGAACGACAGGCAGGAGGCCUCGGGCGCACUCAGGAAGAGCCCGUACGCCCCUGACAACCCGCCGGCAGCCGCCUUCACCGACAUGAAGGUGUUUGAGGUCCACUUCCCCUGGGAGGCCUACACUCUGGACGAGUCUUUCUUCUGGACCCACAGUGUGAGCGCCGGCAACCACCUGACCGUCAUCCUGAACCAGCCGGCCGACCUGAGGAGGGUGCAGGUGCUGACGGGCACCAUUGUGGAUGGCAAGUACGCUCUGGGGAAGGGGCAGGUGGAGCUGGGCUACGGGCCCGAGGGCAUGCCGCAGCGCUGCUCCAGCUUCGUCCUGCUGGGCCGCCUCCUGGAGGGGCAGCUGGAUCAGGAGGUCGUGCCCAGGUCCGUGGGGUACCAGGUGAGCUGCGUGAGGCUGCUGGCGAACGCCAACCAGACAGGCGGGCUCAUCGUCAGGCACAUUUACCUCUGGGAGGAGCAUGCCAGAGGCGCGGACCACUUGGGAUGAGGACAGACCAGGAA